GCCUCCUGAACAACGGCUAUGUGUCGCCCAUGAGGCUGCGGUCCCGCCCGUUCAGUGCAAUAUGCCUUCACAUGUGGAUCUCCAUAUAUCCAUAUGAUGCGGAAAUCAAGGCGAGCGGUGAUUUGAAUAUCUCGUCUCCAAAGCUGUGAUUAUGUACAUACUUGCAACUGUGCAAUAUUUACGUAACACAGCCAUUUCCGCUCAAAGUCUUGUUGCACCGCAAAUCUGCUAUAUAGGUCCGUCCUCAAUGGUUUUCUACACCUUUCCGACUUUUCUCCUGUGUGACUUGUUUCCCAUCCCCUAUCAUCAAUGUCGCGGAUGGCUCCCUGGAAGGCAGCCGAGCCAGACAAGAUACAACAAUUCACGCCACCUCUUGACAACAUGCCCGUGACGUCCCAGAAUGUUCCAGCAGUACCAAUCGUGCCUCAGCGGUCCAGGUUGCGGCCGGAUGGCACCCGCAUUGGGGAACUACAACAUCGAGAUCCUCUAGCGGUUGCUACGCAUUUGCGGAGGCGGAGUGAUGCCGGAAAUUACCCUUCUAUGCUCUCGGGUUUAGUUUUAUACUCGGAUACGUACGGGGGAGGUGUUCGUCUUGCUGGGCCCUCACAUUUAGAUGCUCCUAGCGCUUCUGAUCUGAUCGCCUCAGCGAAGUCACCCUCGUCCGAGAUGCCAGAUGCAAAAGCUUUCUAUAUCCCGCAUCCAUCUGCCGAAUUGCAACGCAGACCGCAUAUCCGUCGCAAAUGUCGAGGGAAAUCGAGUUCAAUAUCGAGUUUGCCUGCUCAUGACCAAUAUCGGUCAGACUCAGUAGCUCCAUUGCCUCAGUCGGCACCUGCUCCGAAGAGCAAUGAGCAUGUGGAGUGGCCCGCUAAGAAACCUCGCCAUCCCGCCUUCCUUUUCCCGCUCCCAACCCAGACUGGAUCAGCCGACGUUUCUGGAAGCACAAUCAAGACUCUGGCAAAAGUAUCAACCUCUACUUCGACCUUGGGCAUAGCCCUGGAACCAGUCCUUGUCAGUCCGCCGCCCUUACAUCCUACUCUAGAACGCCCUAAGGCGGUGAAGGUCGUCGGCCAGGCCCAAUCUGGCCCAACAACGAAAAGAAGCAAGAAGGUGAUUGUCGAGAGCACGAACUCAAAGGAUGCGGCGGCCUCCUUGUCCAUUAGGCCUAGCUCUUCUCGCCCGCCAGUCUCCGUUUCUGGCCCUGGAACCAGCAGCAGCAAAGGGAAGGAAGCCGUCAGGCCGUUCCAACGACCCUUUCGUCCUCUUCCAAAGCCACCUUCGAAUCCUGCGCCUGUACGCUCACCCGAAGCCACCAUUGCCCCCAUUUCCGAUCGAAAAUCGCCGACCCUCCGUGCACUUCUUGAUCCUCCAUUCACUCUUCCAUCACACUCGACGCCUUCCCUUACGCGGUCAGCUUCCCUCGACAGCAUCUCUAUAUGGUCUCAGGCCUCAGGUCCCGCUACUGGUGCUCCACCGACACGUAAGCACCAAUCGUUCGAUGCGGGCUUUCAUUGUGCCACCUUUAGCCGGGGGGCAGAAGGAACAGAGAAUCUCGAUACUCUAUCAGAGCACACAAGAGGAACUCGACACUCUCACAGACUGGUUACGAUACGACUCCUUAUUAGAAGGGUCAAAUACGAUCACAGGCAUUGCUCCGUUAGACAAUUCACUUUCUCUAGAAACUAAAUACGAAAAAGGAGGCGGCAAUGAACCAAUACCAUCUGGGGGUUCACAUUGGGGUCUGGUGACGGAGGAUAAGAAACAGAAGACCAAGCUCAGGAGAGCGGACACGAACGCUGUGAAGGAAAUGUUAUUACAGCGACGUGAACGUGCUCAACUGGAUGCUCAAAGCCGCGCUCAGGAUAUUCCCAAGAGGUUCGCAGGGAUGGGGUUUGGCAGUCAGCUGGGAAGGAGGCCCAGUCACGCACAGGAUCGUAGCGCCAAUUAUGUAAACAG